GUCGGUCUCGCUUUCUGCGACGUAGCAGGGCUAUGCGCGAGACACCUUCAUCUCGUCAAGGUGGCUGAACAGACUCAAAGAGAUGAUGCCCUUCAAAUUCCGUGAAUCUAAAAUGCCAUGGCCCCUGAUAUUUCUGUUGUGCUGGAGCUAUGUUUUGAAAGCUACACACACAUCCAUUAUCAUCCAGACGCCAGGGAGGAUGAUGGUGAAGACUGGUGAUACAGUGACCUUGAAAUGCUAUUUGGUUGAGCUUAUCACCUACUGCUACUCUGUGAUUUGGAUGAAAGUAGACCCCAGGAAUGGAACACUGGCUAAGAUUGCAAACUUAAAGAUUGAUAACAACUCUGAGGAGGGAGAAGGGAAACAGGACAAACUAUGUUCUGCUACAAUCGCCAACGCAACAGUGAGCGACUCAGGAAUGUACUAUUGUUCAGCUGUUCAAUCCGAAAUUAUCCACACGGGCAAUGGUUCUAGAGUUGUUGUGACAGAGAGAGAGAGAACACAGAACAUCACUGAAUCGCCAGCCAUCAAACUCCUCUCUCCAUCGGACGUUGACAGGUCUGUUGUGUUGACGACUCUAUACUACACAGCAGAGUCCUUCAUCCCUCUGCUGUGUUUGGUGUUGGAAGUGGUCCCAUCUCAGGUCCAUGUGUUCUGGCUCAUAGACGGGAGAGAGGACAGUGGACUAACUUCGUCCACUUGGACAGACAACAGUGAUUCAGCCACAGAGUUCACUAUGAACCAGAUUCUAGUCCAAGCAGAGGAGUGGGACAGAGGGGUGCAGUGUACGUGUGUGGUGGAGUUUGAGGGAAAUUCUAUCAACAAAACCCUGAUAAAGCCCAAUGAUUCCACUGGCAUGUGCACAAUGGUGCUGUAUUGGAUAUCUGCAGCUGCUCUCGUCACCAUUAUAGUGGCUGUCACUGUCGCUGUGUGUCGGCACCGUGGACAUCCCAUGGUUACUGAUGAGGAUACAAGACAAAGAGGCACAGGCACAGAGAGCAGGCAGCAUCAAUCUGGGAGACUCGGAGAAGCUAGAAAGGCAGUUCGAUCAUCCGUCUCGGAGGUCCAGUAUGCGACUUUGGACCACAUCCAGUUUGGGAGACGCCCAAAUACAAUUAUCCAAUAAUAUUUUGAAGAAGAAAUUGCAUAAGAGUUUUCAGAUUAUUAUGUAUGUAUUUGUGUAUAAACCAAGAGCCAGUGUCCCCAAUUGCUAAGUGCCCAGAGCCAAUAGUGCGACACAGAGCUCUUUUUUUAAUAUCGUAAUUCAACUGUGGGAAAUCCUCCUAAUAGUCAUUAAACUGUCCCAGUCCUAAAAUGUUUUCAAAGGUCAGGUUAGAGCCCUUCCGUGGGAAAACGUGUACAAGCCUACAUAGGAAAAUGACUGAAAUAGUCUUGAAUUUUGUAUUGAUGAUAUAUUUAUUGUGGUGUAGGCUAAUUGGCUGCUUAUAGGCCCAUGUGUUUUCCUGUGUAUUUUUAUUUAUUUUAUACCUUUAUUUAACGAGGCAAGUCAGUUAAUAAGAACAAAGUCUUAUUUUCAAUGACGGCCUAGGAACAGUGGGUUGUUCAGGGGCAGAACGACAGAAUUUGACCUUGUCCUGGUUUUGUCCUACACAGAGGACCACAUUGGAAAUAAGUGUUCUUAGCUAUCCUGUCUUACCCUCAGGGAUUAAUUGUAAAUUAAUAUCUUGUUUUUUCUUUGUUUUCAUUUUAUUACCUCUUUCAUUACCUCUUAUCUAAUUUACAAUGUUCCUGGAACUGUUGGUGCCAACACUGCCUAUGUAUUUGAACACAUGUUUAAAAACGUUGCUUGAAUGCUAAAAAAAUA